CGGAGAGAAGAUCUCGCGAGGCUUGGGCGCUGCGGCGGUAGGAGGAGGACGGAGAAGGACGGAGCCUAGCUGUUGCUGCCUCCCUCGCUCACUCCCUCGCGCACUCGCCCGCCCCCUCCCUCCCUCCCCUCCCUUCCCCGGCCCCGGCUCCGGCCCCGGCCCAUUCGCUGUUCGGUCUUUCGCAGGGAGGAUGUCGGGCUCGUCGCUUCCCAGCGCCCUGGCCCUCUCGCUGUUGCUGGUCUCUGGCUCCCUCCUCCCAGGGCCAAGCGCCGCUCAGAACGCUGGGUUUGUCAAGUCGCCCAUGUCAGAAACUAAGCUCACUGGGGACGCCUUUGAGCUGUACUGUGACGUGGUCGGGAGCCCCACGCCAGAGAUCCAGUGGUGGUACGCAGAAGUCAACCGGGCAGAGUCUUUCAGACAGCUGUGGGACGGUGCUCGGAAGCGCCGUGUCACCGUAAACACCGCCUACGGGUCAAACGGCGUGAGUGUGCUGAGAAUAACCCGGCUCACCUUGGAGGACUCUGGGACUUACGAGUGCAGGGCCAGCAACGACCCCAAGAGGAAUGACUUGAGGCAAAACCCCUCCAUAACAUGGAUUCGAGCCCAGGCCACCAUAAGCGUCCUUCAGAAGCCAAGGAUUGUCACCAGUGAAGAGGUCAUUCUUCGAGACAGCCCUGUUCUCCCCAUCACCCUGCAGUGUAACCUCACCUCCAGCUCUCACACUCUUACAUAUAGCUACUGGACAAAGAAUGGGGUCGAACUGACUGCCACUCGCAAGAAUGCCAGCAACAUGGAAUACAGGAUCAAUAAGCCGAGAGCUGAGGAUUCAGGCGAAUACCACUGUGUAUAUCACUUUGUCAGUGCUCCUAAAGCAAAUGCCACCAUUGAAGUGAAAGCUGCUCCUGACAUCACUGGCCAUAAACGGAGUGAGAAUAAGAAUGAAGGGCAGGAUGCCAUGAUGUAUUGCAAGUCAGUUGGCUACCCACACCCAGAGUGGAUCUGGCGCAAGAAGGAGAAUGGUAUGCCCAUGGACAUUGUCAAUACCUCUGGCCGCUUCUUCAUCAUCAACAAGGAAAAUUACACUGAGCUGAGCAUCAUGAAUCUCCAGAUCACAGAAGACCCUGGCGAGUAUGAAUGUAAUGCUACCAACUCCAUUGGCUCAGCCUCCGUUGUCACCAUCCUCAGGGUACGGAGCCACCUGGCCCCACUCUGGCCUUUUUUGGGAAUUCUGGCUGAAAUCAUCAUCCUUGUGGUGAUCAUUGUUGUGUAUGAGAAGAGGAAGAGGCCAGAUGAAGUUCCUGACGACGAUGAACCAGCUGGGCCAAUGAAAACCAACUCUACCAACAAUCACAAAGAUAAAAACUUACGCCAGAGAAACACAAAUUAAAUACUGCUUAUAAUAUCUUUAGGUUCCUGAAACUGGUGGCAACAUGACCUGCUAAAUUUUCUGCUUGGACCUCUUUGGUUCUCUCCCCUUUCAAGUGAGCGGCACCACAAUGACUGUCUAAAGCAUGCCUUAUUUAGCCUUUCCUGUAAGGGUGACCUAGUCAGGUACAUUUUAAACAAUGCUUCAGUGUAGAAGGUGUAAACUAUUUUGGGCUUGAUGUGCUGUGAAUGUUGCUUUUUGCCCCCCUUUGUUAAAAUAUUUAAGUAGAAGUGAAAAGGUCCUCUGAGGAUCGGAUCGUGCAUGCGCCAUUUUCUACUUAAUGCAGCUGUUAAAUUGGCACAGCUCUCAGGUGCACUGCUGCCGUCUAGUGAUGACAUUUUUGUAAAGAACAGCAAAACCUGCAGAUAUAUACAGUAUAUAAAUAUAUAUAUAUAUUUAUAUUUUUGGGGGUGGGAGAAAUCCAAAAUAAAAUAAAUGCUUGUUUCAUUUUUUUAGCUGCCGAUAUUCAUUCAUUAUUGUAUGUUGUCAGAUGAGGAAAUCAUGCAGUUCUGGUACAUAAAGAUGAAUAAUAUAAACUGAAAUCUAUAGUUCUAAGGGCUUAACCUACGACUUUGGUAAGAAGCUGGAACACUCCACUGAAUGGAUAUAUUGAAUUGCAGUAUAUAUGUACGAUUGCUUUUUAAGUGAUUCUCUUUUGUUAAAUCAUGUAAAUUCUUAAAUCCUUUUGCACUGAUGUGUUGAACCUUAUUGUACAUUCAAUGAAGGCAAACUUUUAUAAUUUACCUUUUGUUUUCAAUGACCUUGAAAUGUUCUCGCAUGGUAUUCUAUGCAACUCGUUCUCCUCCAGGGUUGACACUGUAUUUUUCACAUUAAUUUAACGGCUGAGUGUAGAUUUUCUCGCCCGGCAGGGUUCUCCUGCGGUAUGUAACCAUAGAUGCAUGUACUGGUGUUUUGUGUAAGUGUUGAAGUGCAAUGAUGUAUAAAAAAGUGGAUUCACCUGUUUUUAAAAAUAAAACAUUGAUAAAAGGUG